UCAGAGUGUACAUUGAAAAUCCCUAUCAGGAGGACAGGAGUUGGGGGAGCGACAAACACUGGGAGAGGGUCCCCAGAGAUGGAGGAGGCCGUGGAGUGAUGGGGAGAAGGAACCACAGGCUGGGAAGGAGGGUGAGGGCUCUGGCCCUGCUCCUGCCCCAUCCUCCACUAGAGGGCCCUUUGAGAAACGGCUGGGUGGCAUAAUGGAUACAGCAGCAGGCCUGGGGUUUGAGUCCAGCCUCAGACACGCAUUAACUGUGUGAUCCCGGGAAAGGCACCUCACCUCUCUGCCUCAGUUUCCUCAUCUGCAGAAUGGGAAGAGUAGUUAGGAGGGUGAGAGGAGAUACUUGUAAAGUGCUUCGCGUGGGGCCAGCCUUGAUCUUGGAAAUAGGGAUCCUCCAAUUUCUCUCCUGCUCCCAGACUUGAGGUGCAGACGUCACCCCGUUGUCUGAUAUUCCUGGUUUCAUUCUCUGAUUCCUUUGUCCCCCAUUCUCCUCUAACGGAAACUGAACUUGCCACCUCUUCCUGGGCAGCGAGGGAAUCCUCUUUGUGUCUCACGUUUUGGGGUCACAUCCACCCCUUGCAUUUGGAAGGCGUGAGUCUGACCUGGAGGCUCAUUUCCCGCUGUUGCUCUAGUGAUGAAAGGCUUCGGCCUGGCCCGGAAUCUUGUGAUCCGAGCACGGCUGCCAGCGCUGAGCAAGUGACGAGCCGGAAGCCGCUGGUGCUGCUGAGCUGGCGUGACGGGCGCCCGGCCCGCUCUGAAACGAGGCUGUCUUUGUAGAGAUGUCUCUCUUUUCAUUCAUUUAUUUCGAAGUUCGUUUUCUCUUUCCCGCGGCCCCCGCCUCCUCCCCAUGGAACAACUAAAAAGCAGAAGCAAACUCUCCCAAAUGAGCAGAGUCCGGCGAAGCCCUAAUGGGCCGCUUCCAGGCUCCGUCGGCAUCUUCAGCCCGUCACCUCUCCCGGGAAGGGUCUUCGCCUUCUGGAUCUGGGCUGUGGCAUUGCCCUGGCUGUGCUCUCGGGCCUGCACUUUCUCUGUGUCGGGUCAGGGAGCUCUUCCCGCCCCCUCUGAGAGCGUCUGGAUGUCUCCAUUUCUUGGGGCGCAGCACGGCUCCAGCCUGUUCGUAUGCACCAGCUUCAGAACCUGGGCAUCAAUCCGGCCAACAUUGGCUUCAGCACGCUGACGAUGGAGUCCGACAAGUUCAUCUGCAUCCGAGAGAAAGUGGGGGAGCAAGCCCAGGUGGUCAUCAUCGACAUGAGCGAGCCAUCCACGCCGAUCCGGCGGCCCAUCUCCGCAGAAAGCGCCAUCAUGAACCCAGCCUCCAAAGUGAUCGCCCUGAAAGCGGGAAAGACCCUCCAGAUUUUCAACAUUGAGAUGAAGAGCAAAGUGAAAGCGCACACGAUGGCAGAGGAGGUGACCUUCUGGAAAUGGAUUUCCGUCAACACCGUUGCCUUGGUGACCGACGCGGCCGUCUACCAUUGGAGCAUGGAGGGAGACUCGCAGCCCCUGAAGAUGUUUGACCGACACGCGAGCCUGGCUGGGUGCCAGAUCAUCAACUACAGGACCGAUGAGCACCAGAAGUGGCUUCUGCUGAUCGGCAUCUCUGCCCAGCAAAACCGUGUGGUUGGCGCCAUGCAGCUUUACUCAGUGGACAGGAAGGUGUCACAGCCCAUAGAAGGCCAUGCCGCAGCUUUCGCCGAGUUCAAAGUAGAGGGGAACUCCAAGUCUUCCACUCUUUUCUGUUUCGCUGUACGGAAUCCCACCGGUGGCAAGCUGCACAUCAUCGAGGUGGGCCAGCCCGCGGCCGGGAACCAGCCCUUUGUGAAGAAAGCCGUGGAUGUGUUCUUUCCUCCCGAGGCACAGACGGAUUUCCCGGUGGCCAUGCAGAUUGGAAUCAAACACGGCGUUAUUUACUUGAUUACAAAGCAUGGCUAUAUCCACAUGUAUGACUUAGAGUCCGGAGUGUGCAUCUACAUGAACCGUAUCAGCGCCGAUACCAUCUUCGUCACGACUCCUCACGAGCCCACCUCUGGGAUCAUUGGGGUGAACAAGAAAGGGCAGGUCUUGUCCAUCUGUGUGGAAGAAGAUAACAUUGUCAAUUAUGCUACCAGUGUGCUCCAGAAUCCCGACCUCGGUCUGCGCAUGGCCAUUCGCAGCAACCUGGCAGGAGCCGAGGAGCUCUUUGCCCGAAAGUUCAAUACCCUCUUUGCGCAGGGCAGCUACGCCGAAGCCGCCAAAGUGGCUGCUUCCGCACCCAAGGGGAUCCUGCGCACCAGCGACACCAUCCGGAAGUUCCAGAGUGUCCCGGCCCAGCCCGGGCAGGCCUCCCCCUUGCUCCAGUAUUUCGGGAUCUUGCUGGACCAGGGGCAGCUGAACAAGUUCGAGUCUCUGGAGCUCUGCCGGCCUGUCCUUCAGCAGGGUCGCAAGCAGCUCCUGGAGAAAUGGCUUAAGGAGGACAAGUUGGAGUGCUCCGAAGAGCUGGGGGACCUGGUGAAGGCCACGGACCCGACGCUGGCGCUCAGUGUCUACCUGCGGGCGAGUGUGCCCACCAAGGUGAUCCAGUGCUUCGCCGAGACGGGCCAGUUCCAGAAGAUCGUGCUCUACGCCAAGAAGGUCGCCUACACGCCCGACUGGAUCUUCCUGCUGAGGAGUGUGAUGAGGGUCAGCCCAGAGCAGGGCCUGCAGUUCGCCCAGAUGUUGGUGCAGGAUGAGGAGCCAUUGGCCAACAUCAAUCAGAUCGUGGACGUCUUCAUGGAGAACAGCCUGAUUCAGCAGUGCACGUCCUUCUUGCUGGACGCCUUGAAGAACAAUCGCCCGGCAGAAGGCCACCUGCAGACCCGCCUCCUGGAGAUGAACCUGAUCCACGCCCCCCAGGUCGCGGACGCCAUCCUUGGCAAUCAGAUGUUUACCCACUAUGACCGUGCCCACAUCGCCCAGCUCUGCGAGAAGGCGGGGCUGCUGCAGCGGGCGCUGGAGCACUACACGGACCUGUACGACAUCAAGCGGGCCGUGGUGCACACCCACCUCCUGAAUCCCGAGUGGCUCGUGAACUUCUUCGGCUCCCUGUCGGUGGAGGACUCCGUGGAGUGCCUGCGGGCGAUGCUGGCGGCCAACAUCCGGCAGAACCUGCAGCUGGGCGUGCAGGUGGCCUCCAAGUACCACGAGCAGCUCGGCACCCAGACCUUGGUUGAGCUCUUCGAGUCCUUCAAGAGUUACGAAGGCCUCUUCUACUUCCUGGGCGCGAUCGUCAACUUCAGCCAGGAUCCGGACGUGCAUUUCAAGUACAUUCAGGCCGCCUGUAAGACCGGGCAGAUCAAGGAGGUGGAAAGAAUAUGCCGGGAGAGCAACUGCUACAACCCUGAGCGGGUGAAGAACUUCCUCAAGGAGGCCAAGCUGACCGAUCAGCUGCCCUUGAUCAUUGUCUGCGACCGAUUUGACUUUGUCCACGACCUGGUCCUGUAUCUGUACCGCAACAACCUGCAGAAGUACAUCGAGAUCUACGUUCAGAAGGUCAACCCCAGCCGGAUUCCCGCCGUGGUCGGAGGGCUGCUCGAUGUGGAUUGCUCGGAAGACGUCAUCAAAAACUUAAUCAUGGUGGUGAGGGGACAGUUCUCCACCGAGGACUUGGUGGCUGAGGUGGAGAAAAGAAACAGGCUGAAGCUGCUGCUUCCUUGGCUGGAGUCCCGGACCCACGAGGGCUGCGAGGAGCCGGCCACCCAUAAUGCCCUGGCCAAGAUCUAUAUCGACAGUAACAAUAACCCCGAGCGCUUCCUCCGCGAGAACCCCUACUACGACAGCCGGGUUGUAGGUAAAUACUGUGAAAAGAGGGACCCGCAUUUGGCCUGUGUUGCCUAUGAGAGGGGGCAGUGUGACCUCGAACUCAUCCAGGUUUGUAACGAGAAUUCUCUGUUCAAAAGUGAAGCUCGUUACCUGGUACGCAGAAAAGACCCAGAGCUCUGGGCCAAUGUCCUGGAGGAGAACAACCCAUUCAGGAGGCAGCUCAUCGAUCAGGUGGUGCAGACGGCCCUGUCUGAGACCCAGGACCCCGAGGAGGUCUCGGUGACUGUGAAAGCCUUCAUGACGGCCGACCUGCCCAGCGAGCUCAUCGAGCUCCUCGAGAAGAUCGUCCUAGACAACUCUGUGUUUAGCGAGCACAGGAAUCUGCAGAACCUCCUGAUUUUGACCGCCAUCAAGGCUGACCGCACACGCGUCAUGGAGUACAUCAACCGGCUGGAUAACUACGACGCCCCCGACAUCGCCAACAUCGCCAUCAGCAACGAGCUCUACGAGGAGGCCUUCGCCAUCUUCAGGAAGUUCGAUGUGAACACGUCAGCCAUCCAGGUGCUGAUAGAACACAUCGGCAACUUGGACCGCGCCUACGAGUUUGCGGAAAGAUGCAACGAGCCUGCUGUAUGGAGCCAGCUGGCCCGAGCCCAGCUGCAGAAGGACCUGGUGAGGGAGGCCAUCGACUCGUACACCAAGGCGGACGAUCCCUCCUCCUACCUGGAGGUCGUGGAGGCUGCCAGCAGAAACGGCAACUGGGAAGAUCUAGUGAAAUUUCUACACAUGGCCAGGAAAAAGGGCCGAGAGUCAUACGUGGAGACCGAACUUAUUUUCGCUUUGGCCAAAACCAACCGGCUCUCGGAGUUGGAGGAGUUUAUCAAUGGCCCCAACAACGCCCACAUCCAGCAGGUUGGUGACCGCUGCUACGAGGAGGCCAUGUACGAAGCCGCCAAGCUGCUCUACAGCAACGUGUCCAACUUUGCCCGCUUGGCGUCCACCCUGGUGCAUCUGGGCGAGUAUCAGGCCGCCGUGGACAGCAGUCGCAAGGCCAACAGCACCAGGACCUGGAAGGAGGUGUGUUUUGCCUGUGUGGACGGCCAGGAGUUCCGCCUGGCCCAGCUGUGUGGCCUCCAUAUCGUCAUCCACGCAGAUGAGCUCGAGGAGCUGAUCAGCUACUACCAGGAUCGGGGCUAUUUCGAGGAAGUGAUCGCCCUGUUGGAGGCUGCCCUGGGCCUGGAGCGGGCCCACAUGGGCAUGUUCACUGAGCUGGCCAUCCUGUACUCCAAGUUCAAGCCACAGAAGAUGCGAGAGCACCUGGACCUCUUCUGGUCCCGAGUCAAUAUUCCCAAGGUCCUGAGAGCGGCUGAGCAGGCCCAUCUCUGGGCCGAGCUCGUGUUCCUCUACGACAAGUACGAGGAGUACGACAACGCCAUCACCACCAUGAUGGCCCACCCCACCGAGGCCUGGAAAGAAGGGCAGUUCAAGGACAUCAUCACCAAGGUGGCCAAUGUGGAACUGUACUACAAAGCCCUGCGCUUUUACCUGGAUUACAAGCCCCUCCUGAUCAACGACCUCCUGCUGGUUCUCUCGCCCCGGCUGGAUCACACUCGCACCGUCAGGUUUUUCUCUAAGGUGAAUCAGCUGCCUCUGGUGAAACCUUACCUGCGUUCGGUCCAGAACCACAAUAAUAAGGGAGUAAAUGAGGCUCUUAAUAACCUGCUGACUGAGGAAGAGGAUUACCAGGGCUUGAGGGCAUCUAUUGAUGCUUACGAUAACUUUGACAACAUCAGUCUGGCUCAGCGACUGGAGAAGCACCAACUGAUGGAGUUCAGGCGCAUCGCGGCCUAUUUGUACAAAGGCAAUAACCGGUGGAGACAGAGCGUGGAGCUCUGCAAGAAAGACCGUCUCUAUAAGGACGCCAUGCAGUACGCGGCCGAGUCCCGGGACGCCGAGCUGGCCGAGGGCCUGCUGCAGUGGUUCCUGGAGGAGGGGAAGCGGGAAUGCUUUGCUGCUUCUCUCUUCACCUGCUAUGAUCUCCUGCACCCUGAUGUUGUCCUCGAGCUCUCCUGGAGGCACAGCAUCAUGGACUUUGCCAUGCCCUACUUUAUCCAGGUGAUGAGGGAAUAUCUUACCAAAGUGGAUGGGCUGUUUAAUAAGGUAGAUAAACUGGACGCUUCUGAGAGCCUGAGGAAAGAUGAGGAGCAGGGCGCCGAGCCCACCCCUAUUGUUUUCGGCCAGCAGCUGAUGCUGACGGCAGGCCCCACUUCUGGACCUUCCCAAACCAACUUUUCCUACGGAUACACGGCUCCAGGAUUCACCCAGGCACCCGUUUACAGCUUCAACAUGUAAAAGGCGAUCCUGGGGGCUCCUCUGCGGCACUCGGUGAUCCCAGAGGCGGCCUCCGGCCUCCGGCCUCCUGAGACCCAAAGGACCCUGGUGCUUAUUUAUUUUUGCUAACGUCCCCAAGGCGUCAGACCGUCUCACUGCCCGCCCCCGACUCGCGGGGACCUCGCCAGCACAGCCAUAGCGGGAGAACCAGCGGCCCCUUCCCCCCUCCCAGCCCGGGCCCAGGGCCCCCGAGAGCCGAGCAGGGACCCCCGUGGACGGACGGGCUCAGAAGUCAUCUCUGGCAUGUACCCCGGGGACUUGGAGAGCGAAUUGCCUUAUCUGCCUUCGUUCCUUGUCGGCGUGGGUGGGGGGGCGGGGGGGCUGGAAGAGGGCCUGGAGGAAGCCCCUGGGGGCCUCUGAGCGAGCUCCCAGGAGCGGGUCUGGAAAGUGGGAGAGCAGAGUCAUCUCUGGAGGGCUGCUUGGGCAGGUUGUUUCUGGAGGGGACGGUCGAGAGGAGCCCGGCUGCUGGGGGGGCCGGAGUGCGGGCCUUGGGGGCUCUGGCCCCCCCGGUGCCCACAGGCCACCUCUGCCCGGGGUCGCCGCGACAGUCAAGUGCCAAGCGGGUUGUGAGCGGGUGCCCUUGUCCAACACACACAUAGACCAUUAACAUUGGAUGUCCUGGAAAUAGAGAAGUGUAUAAUUUA